GCUGGAGUUUAGCGACUCUUUCUUGGACGGUCCGGACUUCCGUGAGCGACUCAAGUGUCAUGAAAUUGAACUGGAGAGGACCAACAAGUUCAUUAAGGAGCUGAUUAAAGAUGGAAACAUGCUCAUUAGCGCGCUCAGGAAAGCUUAUGUCUCAGCAGGAAGAUGAGGCACAUCUCAAGUCCCCACUCUGGAAGGUGUCAACCAUCAGGGGAGAAACUUAACAGCAAGUAGAGGAAUACUAUGCUAACUAUGGAAUUUGUACUCACUAUGCAUGGAAGCAGAACUCAUUAGACCUUCAGGUUUUAAUGAUCAAUGAUUCAUGAAAGGUCUUUCUGCCGCAGUCCAGAAGUUCUCCCAGUCCCUGGAGGAGUUCCAGUUCGAGUGCCUCGGUGACGCAGAAACGGAUGACGAGGUGAACAUUGCCCAGUCCUUCAAGGAGUUCUCCAAGCUGCUCAACACGGUGGAAGAGGAGAGGCGGCGCUUGAUCCAGAAUGCAGAUGACGUCUUGAUCACUCCCUUGGAAAAGUUUCGUAAGGAGCAGAUCGGUGCCGCCAAGGACGGGAAGAAGAAAUUUGAUAAGGAGACUGAGAAAUACUAUUCCACACUUGAGAGACACCUCAACCUGUCAUCCAAAAAGAAAGAAGCUUAUCUUCAGGAGGCCGACACGCAGAUUGGUAAGGACAGGCAACUCUUCUACGACGCCUCCCUGGAGUAUGUCUUCAAAAUUCAGGAAGUGCAAGAAAAGAAGAAGUUUGAGUUUGUGGAGCCGCUCCUGGCCUUCCUGCAGGGCUUGUUUACGUUCUACCACGAGGGAUACGAGCUGGCUCAUGAAUUUGAGCCGUACAAGCAGCAACUGCAGUUCAACCUCCAGAACACACGCAACAACUUUGUGAGCACCAAGCAGGAGGUGGAGAAGCUGAUGAGGAGGAUCAGGUCUGCAGAGCAGGACUACAAAGCUCCUGGCCAGUGGGGCAUGGAGGGCUUCCUGUACGUGCAGGAGAAACGUCCUCUGGGAUGCACGUGGAGCAGACACUACUGCACGUACCAGAAGAGCAGCAAGACAUUCACCAUGAGCAACACUGACAACAAGGGAGCCACCAAACAAAACAGUUUGGUGUUGAACCAGGCUGAAAUGUUCAAGCUGAAGUCGUGCAUUAGGAGGAAAACGGACUCUAUUGACAAGCGUUUCUGCUUUGACAUCGAGGUGGUGGAAAGAAAUGGCAUCUGUCGUGGAACUCUUUUCAGGCCGCUUCAGUUUUUCCGUAAAGUCCGGCAUGGCGUCAUUACGCUGCAGGCGCUGUCCGAGUCCAAUCGGAGGCUGUGGCUGGAGGCCAUGGAUGGCAAGGAACCGAUUUACAACCUGCCUACCAUACUCAGCAAGAAGGAAGAGACGUUCCUUAACGAGGCGGGCUUUAAUUUUGUAAGGAAGUGCAUCGACUUGGUGGAGACCAGAGGAAUAAACACCACGGGCCUGUACAGGAUCGGUGGGGUCAACUCCAAAGUGCAGAAGCUGAUGGCCACAGUCUUUUCAUCCAAGGCACCCGUGGACAUGGACCUGGAUCCAGAGACGUGGGACAACAAGACCAUCACCAGCGGCCUGAAGAAUUAUCUCAGGUGUCUGUCUGAGCCGCUGAUGACCUUCAAGCUGCACAAGGAUUUCAUCAUGGCUGUCAAAUCAGAUGACCAGAACUACAGAGUGUGUGCCGUCCAUGCGCUGGUCCACAAGCUGCCUGAGAGGAACAAGGAGAUGCUGGAGCUGCUCCUCAAACAUCUGCUCAUAGUUUCCGCCCAGAACCAGUCCAACAUGAUGACGGUGUCCAACUUGGGUGUCAUCUUUGGGCCCACCCUGAUGCGAUCCCAAGAGGAGACCGUGGCCGCCAUGAUGAAUAUCAAGUUCCAGAAUAUUGUGGUGGAAAUUCUGAUUGAGAACUUCAACAAAAUCUUUCAUCAGCCUCCGGACCCCAACGUUCCCCUGCUGCAACCUCAGAGCCGCCCCGGUUCCCGCAGAAGCAGAGCCAUUUGUCUGUCCAGCAGCCCCCGGAAGCCUCGCAGCAUCUACACCCCCACGCUGUGUCUGGCCGAUGCAGAAAGCGAGCCCUGCAGCAGCAGUCCUGACAGCACUCCCGCAGGCAGCAUGGAGUCUCUGUCCUCGCACUCCUCAGAGCACAAUGCCUCCUCCAAGGCAGCGUCCUCCUCCUCCUCCCCUCAGGUCAAGGUCGUGCCGCUCCCUGACGCUGCGACCUUGCAUUCCACUGGCCCCCGCAAAACCGAGUCCAGCUCCAAGGAGGAGGCGGAGUCUGAGGACACCCUCAGCGUGUUGUCUCUCGACGCCGCACCCAGAAAGGCCCCUCACUGCAAGACGGAACCCAGACCACCUGACCUCCUCCCUGCUGCCCCCUCCCUCAAAUCUCUGCUUGUGUUUGAAGGUCACAGGAGCUGCUCAGCAUCCUCACCAAACCUCUCACUCGUCAAUCACCUGCUGCUCCCGCCCAAGCUGGAGAGCCUACGAAGGGGCAGAGCCUCGGCUGGGAACGGAUACCAAAGACCCAGCUCAGUGGUGGCUGCCAGAGCCGUGCUUUUUGACGACACCGCGGCCCAGCAGUCCGCUCCAGUAGGAAGGGACGCCAAGGCCGUGUACUCGUGUGAGGCGGAGCACAGCCACGAGCUCAGCUUCCCCCAGGGGGCGCACUUCAGCAAUGUGUACCCGUCAGUGGAACCAGGCUGGCUGCAGGCAACAUACGAAGGAAAAACAGGUUUAAUCCCCGAGAACUAUGUCAUCUUCUUGUAAAGGCUUUUUCAUUCGUGAUAUCCAUGGAAGUCGUGAUCACACCUGGAUGCUUUCUAACUGCUUCAACUCUGCUAGAAAACAACAAACAUACCUCCUUCUCUUUAUGAAAUGUGUUUGUAAUUAAGAUGAUUUGUUCCUCCAGCCCCGCCUGCACUGAUGUUUUUAAGCCACACGACCAAAGCAACCUUUUUAUUCUCCCCAUAAAUUCGUCUUCAUGUCCUGCUACAUCAGCACACUCACGCAAUUCCUGAGGGACAAUACCAUAGAAAGUAAACAUGCAUAUAAUUUAGAGUAGUCAGUGGACAGCAAAUAUAGAUUUACCAUCAAUACACAGCCAUUAUUGUCUACAUAUUUAUAGCAAGGAUUUUGUCAGUCAAGCAAGGUGGUGGCAGUGCAAUGGUAGUGCAAUGGUAGUGUAAUGGUAGUGUAAUGGUAGUGCAAUGGUAGUGCAAUGGUAGUGUAAUGGUAGUGCAAUGGUAGUGUAAUGGUAGUGUAAUGGUGUAAUGGGUUUUUCUUAGGGAAAGAUCAUUCCAAAGAUCAUUCCAACAUGUGAAGCAGAGCAUUGUCCGGCACUUUUCCUUUGUGGAACAGGCACAUGGCACUUUCUAUUUCUUUAUAUAACACUAUGUCCAGUCAAGGGACAAUGCAACACCAAGUUAAGUUGGAUAUAUUUAAGAGUAGUCCGUGUAAAGUCUGUAUAGCAGUAUAUAAUGUCAGCCAUUGUAUAAAUACGGUAUUAGGGAUGCAUGAUACCGAUAACUUUCUGCUUCUCAAAACCAGUACGAUACCGAUAAUCAAUCACUUUUUUAUAUCUAUUUCUUUCAAUUUAGAUUGAAGUGUAGUUUGUGCACACCUGGAGGUAAGAAGGACUGGAAGAAAUUAGGAUUUGACCAACUGUACCUGAUUCAUCCUAAUCAAAUAUGACGUUACUACGACCACAUCACUACUAUCAGGAGAACCAGAGUACAGAGCGGAGGGAGCCACCUGCUGUGGCCCAACAAGGUGCACUGUAUUCGGACACACGCUCCGAGUAGCCGUUAUGACGCCACGGAGAUCUCUGGAAAACCUUUUGCACUUUUCAAAUGCUGCAGCGCUGGCGUUUCAGGUGGCUGAUAAGGUUUUUUUUGUGCUCUAUGUUUUUUUUGUGGAGCAUUUGGUACAACUAGCAGACGAAAUGUCUUCCUCGGCUGUUUGGAAAAGGAGCGCUUGAUUUGCUCACCCGCACAGUACGGGUAAUCUUGCCUCAUUGGAGUGUUUUUUAAAAUUAUCGGUUAUCAGAGCUAUUUUUAAUGUUUAAACAACGCCAGAAAACGGUGACGUUUUGUUGAUAAAGCAGAUUUCAAACAAAGAGUUCAUGCUGGCCCAAAGUGCUGCACGUGUUCAGGAAAAAUACAAUCAUGAAAAAAUACAAGCAAGUAAAACAAAGUAUUGUAAGGCUGACUUUUUACUGCUGAUUUCAAAAAUGCUGACAUACUUUUAGUUUGCGGGGGGGGGUUCCGUAGGGUGGCCACAUGACCUCAGUGCUCUAUUGGGCGUGUGCAAAGAUGCAUUUAGGCAUUUGAAAGAAACAAUAAAAUCUUGAAAUGAAUCAACAGGCAGCAGUGGAGUGAAGCGAGCAGGAGUCAUGUGAUCAUCAUCAGACCAAUACAAGACUGCACUGACAUUUCAAACACUCAUCUUUUUAACACCGGACGAAAUUCAGUUGAUAAAGUGCCACCAAAAGCCACAAUCAAAAAGUUUCUAGUUUUAUUAUUUUCUAUCAAAAAGUGUUUAUGCUGAGUGGAUACUUUGAUGUCCCAAACGGGAAGACAGUGCAUGAUAUGCUGCAUGCUGUUAUGCCUCAUUCAACUCAGGAACAAUGUUGGAAUUCAUCUUUCUCAAAAAUGAACCGCAGUUCCCCAGUGCCAGCACCAUUCGUGCGGCCCCGGAUCAUGACGCUACCACAAACAAAUGUCUCACCCAAAAGACCAGAAAACGUGCUGGUUUAGUCGCCAUUGACAACUAAAGUCACCAACAUCCAGCAACAAACGUGUGCUUGCUGAGGGGUGACAGUGCAUGAUAUGCUGUAUGCUGACAUGAAUGACAAGGGAGGGGACGAUGCUCGACUUCACAGUGUCACAAGAAAUGUCCGAAUUCAUCUUUCCCCUCAUUGAACCGCACUCCUCCAGACUGGCAGCACUCGUGCGCCGCGUGGGAAAGACACAAUCACUUGUGUUGGUACAGUAAGUCCAUGUAUACAUUCUAUGGUAUUAUCCCUCAUAGAUGGAAUCAGACUGAACAAGCUGUGAUAGAAAAGCAUAAAAAGGAAGCACCUUACUGUAACUGCCAUCAUCACACUGCUGUCAACGAGAUAUGAAAUCUGCUGUAUGUGUAAUAAUAAUAAUAUAAUAUGUCCUUGUCUUGUGGUACUCUGGUGUACCAGCGUAUUUGAUGAUGAUGAUGUUAUGGUGUUAUGUACAACAAAACACCCGAGUUAUCAGCAAGUGAAAGGUUACUGUACUGCGUGGGGGGGGGGUGAAGGUGUACAGUAGUUGGGGAAGUACGAGCCGCCCGUGCCAAGAUAACUUGUUCCUGCUUUGCCAGCAUGACAUUGUCAGGUGACCUUGACAGAGCGUGGCGGCCAAAUAAUAAUCAUAAUCAACAGGCAUGUCCCGUAAAUGCCUCCCGUGUGUGUGCUGGCCAUUUCCACCUUUAUGAAUAAAAACAAUCAAGUCGUUAUUUUUGUGUG